AUGAAUCAAGUCAUCAUCAUCGGCGGCGGCAUCUCCGGGCUGGGAAUGGCCAUCCAGCUCAAACGACUCCUCGGCCACGACAACUUCACCAUCUACGAAAAGUCAGACAAUGUCGGAGGCACCUGGUGGCACAAUCGCUAUCCUGGCUGUGCAUGCGACAUUCCCAGCCACUUUUAUUCGUACAGUUUUGCCAUCAAGUCUGACUGGACGAGUAUGUUUCCGGGUCGUGAUGAGCUGCAUCAGUACUUCCUUUCUGUCGCUAGAAAAUAUGAGAUCCUCCCUCAUUGUCGCUUCAACGCCAUGUGUCUGGGUCUGGAGUGGAAUGCUGCUCGGUCUGUCUGGGUUUGCACCUUUCAGGAUACGCUUUCUGGGGAAGUAUACAUUCGAGAAGCAGCCGUUGUGGUGAGUGCCAUUGGGACGUUGGAUCGGCCUUUUACCCCCAGCAUUGAAGGGGCAGAUUCGUUUCAAGGCAAGGUCUUUCACAGCGCCACCUGGGAUGAGCCGUUCACUGCAAAGGAUAAGAACAUUGUCGUUCUGGGCAACGGUGCUUCUGCCACUCAGUUUGUUCCUGAAUUGGUCAAGAACGUUGGCAAUGGCAGUGUCACUCAGUUUAUCCGCAGUGCGCACUGGUGGACGAAGAGAGGCAAUGCCACAUACUCCACCACCUUCAAACUAGCCAUGAAAUACAUCCCCCUCGCAGCCCGUUUCUACCGCUUCCUCAUCGCCUGCCAACUCGAGAGCGUCUUCUACUCCUUCUGCAUGACCCCCAAAGGCCUCUCCAUGCGCCAGAAGAUCCGCAACGCCACCAACGCCUUCAUCGACACCGACGCACCACCCCAAUACCGCGACAUCCUCAAACCAAACUACGAACCAGGCUGUAAGCGACGCGUCAACACAGCAACCUACCUCUCCUGUCUGCACUCCCCCAACAUGCUCCUCAAAAAGGACUCCGUCAUCAAAAUCGGUCCAAACUCCGUCUCAACCCAGACAGGAGAAACAUACCCCGCCGACGCAAUCAUCUACGCAACAGGCUUCCAGACCCAGAAAUGGCUGCACCCGAUCAGCAUCACCGGACGAAAUGGGAAAGACCUCCAUCAAGUCUGGGACGCAGCAGGUGGCGCAGAAGCAUACAAGGGCACGACCGUCACCGGCUUUCCCAACUUCUUCAUCCUGUACGGCCCCAAUGCCGCGACGGGCCAACACUCGGUUAUCUUCCACUCCGAGUGCCAGAUCAACUAUACCUGUCGUCUGCUGCGUCCUGUGCUCUGUGGUGAUGCAAAGUCGAUCAUGGUCAAGCCUGCUGCGCAAAAGAAGGAUCUAUCGUGGGUGCAUGGCAAAAUGAAGAAUCUCGUGUUCAACAACGGGUGUAGCAGUUGGUGGAUGGAUCCGGUUACCAAGAAGAAUACCUUCAUCUAUCCUGAUCCGAUGUACAAGUACUGGCUGCGGACGAUCUUCCCUCGCUGGUCGGAUUUUGAUAUUGAAUGGACGAGGCGGUCAAGUACGGGGAAGGUGUUGUUGGGAGUGACAUCUAUUGGGCUGGCUGCUGUUGCUGUUGCGUCGAGAAAGGAAGAUUGGAUUAGUUUUAUUCAGUAG